AUGGCGCCUACCUGGACUCGUCUCAUUCGGUUCGUGGCGGAAGAAGAUGGACACAUCCACCUUGGACAGGUGGACUCAGACACCCUAGAUGUUGGUAUUGCAGCGUUCGAAGGCAUCCCAAUUUUCGCGAGGCUGAUUGAAGGGUCUCUGUACGACGGGGUUGUCUCAGAUACGACCAUGACCGUUAAACACCUCUUGCCUCCGAUUCCGACUGACCAAAAGAGCAUCAUUCGUUGCCUCGGGCUCAACUACCGCGAUCAUGCUAAAGAGUCCAAUAUGCCGAUACCAGAUGUACCGGUGCUGUUCUUCAAGCCUCCGCAUGCUUUGAUGGGUCCUUGGCCUGAGAAAAUCAGGAUUCCAAGGUUCGUACAGGAUGGAUCCAGCGACUAUGAAGCGGAGCUCACCUUGGUAAUAUCUAAGACGGGCAAAAACAUCGCAGAGGAGGACGCAUUUGACCACGUUCUCGGAUACACGUGUGGAAAUGACGUUAGUGCUCGCACAGAGCAGUUCAAAAGCAGCCAGUGGUCGUUUUCUAAGGGACUGGAUGCGUCCGCACCAAUAGGCCCCGUCUUGGUCUCCCAGAGCGCAAUUGGCGAUCCCCACAAUCUCAGUAUCAGGGCCAUAUACAACGGAGCUGUUGUACAGGACUCGAAUACCAGGUACAUGAUAUUCUCCAUCCCAAAGAUCAUUUCGUUCCUAUCGCAAGGAACGACACUGGAGCAGGGAACGAUUAUCAUGACCGGAACUCCGCCAGGGAUUGGAUGCAAGCGAGAUCCUAGAAUCUGUUUGCGUGAUGGGGAUGAUAUAAGGGUUCAGAUUGGAAAGAUUGGGACGUUGAUUAAUGCAGUCUAUUAUGAGAAACACGGUUCUUCUUACCAUUGCGGGGGGUUCAUAUUAUUAAGCCGGCUUCUUCCCCACAAGCGGUGUCUUUCAAGGCACAAACGGCGGGGCGAUUGGCAGUCAUCAAUCAUUCCUUCGCAACAAACAUACCGCUCUAGGGUGACAUUGCACAACCGCCGGGGGUUCAGGACAAUGGAUAUGUCAACUAGAACCGACGGUAUCACUCGCCAUUCCAGUGGAGGUGUAACGAGCCAUGCCGGCCGUAUAUCCCCUGAACAUAGACUCAGUGCAACUAGCUCAAGCCCUCUGGAGGAUACAUCUGGUGAGGGCUUCGAAAGAUUAACAUCAAGUCCCAGCCAGUGGUCACGCGGCACCGCAGCUGUUUCUUUAAGCCACCUAGAAUCGAUAUCGCUCUCUGAUAUGAUGCAUCCAUCCCACGAUAUACCUUCCUCUCAGCAGUCCCCAGAUGAAACGUGUGCCGGAGCUCCCAAAACAUUGAUAGAAUCCGAUUUGGCUGUCUGGAAUCUCCUCGAGAUUUCGCAACAAGCAUAUGACGAACUCCUCCAAGCGUAUUUUCAAAACAUGUCUACAUUGUCCCUAUUUUACAAACCAGGGUUUCUCUCGAAGUUGAGUUCUGUGUCAUCCAUUUCGGAGUCGGCCGCUCUGGUGGCAUCAAUGUUUAUCUUCUCUUCCCGCUUCCUCCAGGAUUCACAAAAGCGAGGAUGCUCAGUGUUCCAACGAAAAGAGCAUGUCCCACUGCCAACCCCAGAGACGUUCCAUGCGCUGGCACGUAAAUAUAUUGCAGCUGCCCUAGAUGAGUGCUCAGAAGAUGCGCCAUCUCUAUGCGUCUUGCAGGCGUUGAUCUUGAGUACCUUUCAUCAACUGUCCCAGGAUGUUCGAGGCUUGGCGUGGAGAUCACUGGGAGUCUGUAUACGGCUUGCCUACGAAAUAAACCUUCACAAGGUAGACGCCGAGAGAAUUGCCAACGACAACGAUGAUUCAGCCUAUGAUAAGGACCAAUGGAUUUUGGACGAGGAGCGCCGAAGAGCUUGGUGGGCAAUAUGGGAACUUGACGCCUUUGCCUGUACAGUCCGGCGGCUACCCACAGGGAUUGAUGCGAUGCAAACAGAGACUUUCUUGCCAGUCAGUGAUGAAGCCUGGUUUGGCGGCACCUAUCAGCCUAGCUGCUGCCUGAAUCUCGACCCAAAGGCUCGAUGGAAGAUACUUGAAAAAUGCGCAAACCAGAGUUGGAAGUCAUGGUAUAUUGUGCUCAAUUCGAUGAUGCGAGACGCUCAUCUUCUCUCGUAUUCUCGAGUGGGGCACAACAUUACUUGCUCUAAUGGCAACGCCCAACCAGCCGCAUCAAGCUCUACAGCAUUUGGAACAACACGUGAUAGCUUGAAGACCCUUGAAGAGUGUCUCUCCUCUUUUACAGGAGCCUUACCAAAGCAGCUAUCCUACUGUAAUGAAUACCUUGGCUUCCAUUCCAAGACCUCAAUGGAGACGCAAUCAACCCUAACUAAUGACUGCGCUACGCAUAGCUUGUAUAUGAUGACACAACUAACGAGAUUUAUGAUUUAUCAUUAUCAAAUGUUCUGGGAAGGUCGAACGAUGCAAUCAACAUCUCCUGUGGACCUCUCAGCAGAAUCGACGAACCAGCAAUGCCAACUCCCAACAUAUAGUGUCAACAUUGUAGCUUGGAACAGAUACCUCGAAAGCGCCGACAAUAUACUUCGCAUGAUACGGAAUAGUAGUCCCUAUCACGUCCGCUACGUGAAUCCACUAUUUGCUAGCACCAUAUGGCUCGCAGCAGUUGCGCAAAUAGUAAGCAAGGUUUUCAACCCCGAGCCUUCAAACGCACAAACUUCGCAGUCCAAACUCGAAGUCUUGCAGCAUAAUUUCGAUAGCUAUGUCUCAUUCUGGGGCACCUCUAAGGCCCUACAGCACAAACUCAAUACUUUGGAAAGUCGUCUUCAGAGUAUUCGUCGUCGACAAAGUAACAAUUAUGGUCUUCAGGGCAUGGACAACAGAAACCCUUUGGCGAGGAACCGGCGCCAAGACGCGAUAACCGGAGAGUCUCUCGGAGUUAACUCUGGGUAUCAAGAUGUCCUUUUAGACAGCACAGUUCCAAGUUCUACAGGAGUACAUGUUCCACUAGAUCCAACGAAUACUUUUUAUUCAUGCGGUCCCUUCGGAUUACCAGCAGAUAUUGUAAACAGCGCGUGGCCGAUGGACCUGACUAGUAUGAAGUACAACCCUUCUGAUGUUUUCAACUAUGACGCUCUGGAUUUUCUCAAUUACUCGUUCACUGGCUAG